UCACGAUCUGUGCAAGGCUUUUUAUAUAGUGGCGUGUGCUUACGAGGCUCACGACUCACCCUUAUAAUAGGGGAGUCAAUAAAAUACAAGCACGCAUAGCAUAGGCCAAGGGAACCAGACGUGACAUAUAAUCCGUUUGCAGCGACAAAAUGGCGCCAAUGUAUUAUAUAAUGUAUGUGCGCCGCAGCUUUGCUUCGGUUUUGCAUCAUGAAAUAAAGAAAACACGAUAUAUGCCAGCUGCAAGUGAAAGACCGCUCUAUAGAAAUGUCUUCGAUAGAGCAGAACAUCCUGCACUUUGGGCAUUGGACAAAACAAGAUUUGAAAAACAAUCCUCUGUAGAAUCACUUGGCGAUUUGAUUACGCCGCAUGCCCAUGGGCAUACAUUUGCAAGAGGUGGUAUUACAAAGUAUGCACAUUAUGUAAAUGUAUGGGAACCCGUAUUUCCCAGAACACCAGAUGUCAUGAAAGGAGAGUUAAUUUCCGGUGCAAAUUUCACUAGAACUAGUGGAUGGCACCUACCAGGGGAACCUGCCCUUGUCUCAGUUGGAAAAUUAGGGCCAGACAACCAAAGAGCUAUCGGAUACGCAGAAAAUGCAGUAGUACCAGACUCUAUUGUGCCGGAUGCUUUCCCGGAUUUUGGUGAAUAUAGAUUGCCUAAAGGUACAGAUAGAAGGGCUGCCAUAUAUAUCAUGUCUGCCACGGCCAUGUUUUUCUUCCUUGCGCUAGGGAGAUCGUUAGUUUGCAAGAUCAUACACUAUUUCUGGAUAGCAAGAGACAUCGCUGCUAGUGGUUCUGUUGAAGUCAACGUGUCACAAAUGAUCCCUGGAGAUCAAGUAACUGUUAAAUGGAGAUCUAAGCCAGUCUUUAUCAAAAGACGAACCCAAGAGGAGAUUGAGCGUUCCAGAAAGGACGAUGAACUCUUGGACUCCAUGAGAGACCCCGAACUGGAUGCUGAUAGGAACGUCAACCCAGAGUGGCUAGUAAACAUUGCCAUUUGUACUCAUCUAGGUUGUGUUCCUACCAAAGGCGGUAACUAUGGAGGUUACUUCUGUCCGUGCCACGGAUCACAUUACGAUGCCUCGGGUCGUAUAAGACAAGGACCAGCACCGUCUAAUCUGGAAGUUCCACCAUAUAAGUUUAUCGAUGAAAACACUAUUAAGCUAGGUUAAACGUGUUAUAAUCUUGCGUCGCCUGCAAUAACAUGAUUGAGCCACAACCA